UCCUUAACGUGUACCGUACACAGAUUCCCAUACGAACACUCAAAAAUCUUGAAAGAGAAAGAGAGAGAGAAUGGUAUCGCGGCUGAUGACUAUCAAGGCGGUGCUAAUAUCUACCGGCGUCGCCUCCGUCGGACUUUUACUCAAGGUCUCUGUCCCGGUGGCUGUGGAUUUCUCCGUUUCGCAAGCUCCGAUCCUGUGGAGUUCUUUGCUGUCGUGGCUGAAACCGCCGUAUCUCUACAUACUAACCAACGGAAUCAUCAUCACCAUCGUGGCUUCUUCCAAGUAUUACCGGAGCACUAGCCACCAUGACGAGGAAGACGACGGAAUCGUUUACGGUGGCGGCGGCGAUUAUAAGCUCCAGACGGAGCUGAUUGUUCAUGACCAAGCUUCUCCGCGGAUGCUGGAGGUGAAAGAUUUGGAUCUGGAUAGGCAAUUCGAUUUCGUGGAUUCCAAUCCACCGGAGACGGUUACGGCGGUUAUGUAUAAGGAGGCGGAGGAAGAGAAGAUAAAAGAUGUGGUGGAGACGGUGGAAGAUGAAGAUGGAACUGAAUCGGAGCUCAAGAGCGUGACUACGAUGGAAAGUUCCGAUUUGAUUGGAUCCGGUGGAGGUGAAGAUGUCAUGUUACCAACGGAGAUUUCAAAGGGGAAUCAUAUGCCACCGAGGAUGACUGAAUCGGAGAAUAUCCCUCCGGCUGAGAAACCUUUAGUUUCUUCAAGGUUCGGCCACCGUAAAUCAGUUAAAGCUAGCCAAGAAGGUGGAAGAUCGAUGUUGAGAGUGACGAAGCCGAAGCGGAACGAAACACUGGAGAAUACUUGGAAGAUGAUAACUGAAGGGAAGUCAACAACGUUAACCAAACAGUUAUACCGGAGAUCCGACACGUUUAGCCGUGGCGAUUCCGGCCAUAGCGGCGAGGCGAGACCAGUUUACAAGAAAUCGGAGACGUUCAGGGACAGGACUAACUUUUACCAGUCUCAGGAGACGGCGGCGAAAGGGAAGGUGAGGAAAGAGCCGUCUCUGAGUCAGGACGAGUUGAAUCGGCGAGUUGAGGCGUUUAUCAAGAAGUUUAACGAGGAUAUGAAGUUACAAAGAAUGGAGUCACUGAGACAGUACCAAGAGAUAACUGGUCGUGGGGUUUAGCUCUUUUUUUUUUCUUUGAAAAAGGUUUUUAGCUCCUUUUUAUAAAUCUUUAUUGGUUUUUUAAAACACAAGGAAAAACAAGACUAAAGUGGUGAUAUAAAGUCAUCAUGGUUUUAACCAAAAAAAGAAAAAAAAAGUCAUAGUGAAAAAAAUAUGUUCAUUAAUUUGUGAAUCUUAAAGUUUGGUUUACACAUGGUGUUUUUUAUUAAAGGGUUUACACAGCUUUUUCGUUGUUAUUGUGUGUAUAAUUUUAGUCAGCUAUACAUUUGGGUUGCGAAUAUUAAGCUAUACAUAUAUCAAAUAGCUUUGGAUAUAUUGUGGUGUAGAAAGAGAGUAGACACACAGGAGCGUUGUGUCGAACAAAUGUUCUUUUAAGACCAAUGUAAAUCUUUCUUUAUUUGAUAGUUCUGAAUUGAUUAAUCAAUAAAUGGUCGGAACUCGGAAUAUUUCCCCCUCCUGAUUAAA